AUCGUAGAUUCACCAAAUUAGUUUCACCAAAGUAGCAAAAUGGCAGCUCUUGCAAAAGCUGUACAAAUUUCGAAAAGUGUAAAUAAUGUAACGAAACUGUUAACAAACUUGUCUUUGACUCCAAAUGUUAAGUCCAUCUUGAGCCCUAUACGUAAACAAUGGAUACCUAGCUCCCAAUAUGCACUCAUCCAUACUACACUUAAACAAAAUGACUUAAUGGAAUUCUUUGAUAAUAAGGACAAUUGGGGAAAGACUUCAGUAAAGGUAGGACGGUCUUGGCGGAAAGACGAAUUAAGGUUAAAAAGCAAUGAAGAUCUUCACAAGUUAUGGUUUGUGCUACUGAAAGAAUACAAUAUGCUUUUAACUAUGGAACAAGCUUACAAGGAAAAAUUUGAAUACUUCCCUAAUCCAGAAAGAAUCGAUAAAAUCUUGAAUAGCAUGUCAAACGUGGAGUCCGUGGUUCGUGAAAGAAACCAGGCAUAUUACAAACUUGAAACUGGAACAACUGGAGAACGACCCGCGCAAAUGUCAUACAAUGCUCUUGGUUUACGUUACUUUUAUCGAAUGAGUCAGUAUAGUGUACCAAAGUAUAUGAAUACUAGAUGGCACAAACGAUACAUGUUUGGUUACGGGGGAUAUGCUGUUCAGAAAUUUUUACGACUCUAUAGAGAGAAACUGUAUAAUAUAAAACGCAGACAACGAAACCGUGAGACCAAUCGCGUGGGUGUUCUAAUGCGAAUGUUCCCAAACCUUGAUCUUGAAGCUGCAAAGGAACAGUAUCCAGGAGCAGAUAUAGAGAAAUUAAUGAAGAUGAGAAAGGUGGAUGGACAUUUCCAACGCGAAUAAAUGCAUUUUUUUCUGUAAAUUAUACCUUUAGAAUCAAAUGAAAUCUUAACUUUAACGUAGGUAUCUAGAUUUAAGAUAACUAAAAGUAUUCUCCAAGAAAAACUGUCCAAUUCCCACUUGUGGUACCACCACUUAUUAACAUUUGCAUUGCUUAAACAUUCUUCAAUUGAGGAAAACUUUUAAAAUGUUAGCAAUUGGUCAGAGAAAACAAUAUGAUUAAUAUUAACGCAAAUGCAUAAAUGUUAUAAAAAGGCAUAAAAUAGCUGUAUAUAAUACAUAAAAUAUUUUCGUGAUUGUAUAAUAAUUAAUACGUAAAAUGUGGUUAGUGCAGUAACGCAUAUAUUAUAUUGGAUAAUGCGAUAAUUCGCUAUUGAUUAAUUGCUGCUUAUCCAUUUAUUUAGGACAUCUACGAAUGUAAUGAAUUUGCAAAACACACAGUUGUUAAUGAAAUAAAAGAAACAACGGGAAAGAA